GUGCGAGCAAUUGCUCAUGGACCUCAUGUAGAGAAGGUUGUACCAAGGAACUGUAUGACUGUACGCAAAUACGCGUAAAUUACAAGUUACCUCUUAAUGUAACUGACGAAGACAGGAUUGGUGGAGAUGAGGGCAGGGCGGGAGGAGGUGUCGAGGGUGACGAGGCCCGUACGAAGCCGAGAUAUCAACGUUCACCGAGGGAUUAUAAUUACAUUGAAGACCUCGACGAUGAAUUCGACGAUGAUGAUGUUGGGCUGCCAAAACCUUUUCCCACAGGUCUCAUGGGGAACGACUCCGAGUGGUAUUUCACUGGCGCUAAGCUGUUCCCCAAUAUUAAGGGAUGUGGAUAUCCACCCAUACUGAAUUGCAGUAUUUUCUACAGGCAGUAUUCAAGCAUUGGACAGAAUUUUAGUUGCUACUACUCGAGGGUGGAUCCGGGAAUUGUCAUCAGCGAUCUUGAUAUGUGGCAGGUCUACAUGAAUCUCGUAUACGCACUGGCGAUACCAAUCCCAUCGUUCAUAAUUUCGGUGAUAUAUCUCACGUUUGCCUACUUCAAAAUUUACAACGAAGAGGAGGAAGCCCUGGUAGAAAAAGAUGGUGGAGAAGAGGGUGAAGAUGGUGACGGUAGUAAUCCAACUCCGUUACCACCAACAAGCGGGGCCAUUACACCGGGUAGUGAAGCGUUUCGAGAGGAUCUCGCAAGUUUCGGCCAUCAGCUGAAGGUCGCUAUGGCUGAUGAGGUCAGCAGAGAAAGCCUCGAUGGGAUACCAAAUUCGAUCUCAGCACAAGGAAACUUGAGCAAGACGAUGACGACGAGUAUCUUGACUCCCCCUGGGCCGACAGCAGCAGUCUGAAACGACAUUUUCAGGGGUUGAACAAUAUAUCGUGGAGGCCCCACUAGAUGAUCAUCGCUUACAAGUCGCAAUCAGGAAAUGUACGGUCAUCAACACCGUCUUGUUUGCGACUACUACCACUUUUUACAUCAAUACUACACAGGCCCCUGACUCUCUUUACUACUAACGACCGUCAGGGUGAAUCAGAAAUUCUCGAAAAUACGUAAGGCUCGAGAGUAACAAAUGCUCAAUAGAUUAAACAUCUAUUUUAUGUCCAAAUUGAAACAUUAAAACAAAAUAUUCUUUCUUUAUAACAAAACUCCUACUGGAUAAAUUUUCCAGUUGCUUUAUUUUUUACCCUCUGGAAAAAGAAUGAUUUUAUUCAUUUUAAUUGCGUGAAAAUUCAUGAAUAAAGAUCGGAAUUCAAUUAUAAAAUUAUUUCAAUACAGAAAGAUAGAAUAUAUAAAAAAUGAUAGAAAUUCAUGGAUAAAAAAUUCUGGUUCACUUCAGUGGAAUAAAUCUAACAAUAAUAAAUGAUGAAAAACAACAACAAAUAUUGGAGGAUGGACUCGCCCUCUGGGAGCCACAAAGUAGGAUAAAUGUUGAUAAAAAUUUCUAGUUAUAAAUGAGACAAACUAAAUGAAUGAAGGUGAGAAAUUUAAUAAUGCAAACAUGAUAAUGGAGAAAAUAAUAGAAAUUAUUCGCUUAUUGUGUUAUCAUGACGCAUCUACACGAUUGCAUUUUAGUAGUCGCCGUAAUACACAAUUUUCACCCGUCCCACGUUGAUAUAAAAAAAGCAACAAUUGAGGUUAAAAAAACCAAAUAAGACUUAACAAAACUUCUAAAUUGACGUGAACGCAGAAAGUCUUAUUGUUUGUGUUACAAUUUUUAUAUAUGCAAUGCAAUAGCCAUGAAAUUUUAAAUCGAGCCAACGUAGUUGUUACUCAUUUUGCAAGGAAGAACUUUAGAGGAAAAGGUCACGAAAGCCUUUUCUAUGGUUGAUGAAUUGCGCAAACAAUAUCUCUCGAAUUUUUUCGUAAAUAUUUAUCAUGUUCAGUUGAAUCCAUUCAUCAGAAAUUCAGUUUCUCUAUUCACAAUUCUGAGAAUGCUAAAAGCAUUCGAAAAAAAAAAUCAUUAGUUGGAUUUGACAACUUCAAACUCACAUGUUUUCGUGAAAUUUUGUUAGAAUAAUUUAUCCACCUAUUCCAGGGAUAUAUGCGAAAUAAUCGAUAUGGAAAUUCGUAUUUAUCUGCUGUUAUCACUUCGUCACAGAUCUCGAGUGCUGCUCUGCCAGAUAAUCUCGCCAAUGCUACUUUACAGUAGACUCCCGUUAUAGUCGCACUCGUUACCGUCGUAUUUUCCCUCAUUCUCAUUUUUCGUCGCUCGGCCGCUUCCCCCACUCUAGGGUAAAUAGGCCAAUAGCUGGACAGUUAAGGAAAUGUUGAACUUCGUUAAAGGAUUUAAAAUCGAUGAAGUAGCGACAUGAAUGCAAAAAUGAGUUCUAGACCUGAAAAAAUAUGUGAAUUAGGAAAAAGCAAUAAUUCGAAGUGGAAAAAAUUAUGAGAAGAAUAAUUAAACGAGGGAAAAGUGGAAUAUCGGUGGAUGGCCAAUACAUGAAUGGUCUGGAGGAAUAUAAAAUUUUCAUCCAGUUCAUACAAACAUGUGAAUUUUGUUUUAUUGAAUGUAAAGAAGUACAAGGCCAAAGAGAUUCUUCAUCUUCGUGAUGUGAUUCUUCUCCUGAAAAUAGUGUGCCAUUCCCCACAUCUGCCUCUUUCGAAAGAGAACUUUUUUUUUUCUCCACGACACUUUGUCACUGAGGCUUAGCAAAUUACUCCCAAAUAUUUUUGCUUCCGAAUGGAAGCAUUGCAAUCCUUCGAUUUUCACAUUCUCUAAUUUUGAUUGGAAAUGAUGUAAAAUAGUCUAAAACGUAAAAAUUCGAAGUUUGGCAACUAUGUUUAUAUAUGACCACCUUCCCGGUGGUCGAUUUUUAGAAAAUUGAGUAAUUAAGUGGCUAAAGUAAGUCCAAAAAAUCUAAAAUUUUGUCAGA